CAGCGGGCUUCCUCCAUAUAAUAGAGGGGUGCAGGAAGACAACCUCUAGAAGAGAGAGGAAGAAACAUCUCAUGUGAAUUGCAAACUCUGAAAAACUAUACUGAACUGCUAAGAACAUGUGUAAGGGAUUAGCUGCCCUACCCCAGACAUGUCUGGAAAGGGCUAAGGAGAUCAAGACUAAAUUGGGAACUCUGCUUCAGAAGCCAGAGAAUUCCAUCGACCUUAUCAUCCCCUACCAAGAAAAGCCUGAGAAGAAACCAGAGAAGCUUCAAAAACCCGCACCUGAAGAAGCGGCUCAGUGGCGCGAGUCCCUCGAUAAGGUCCUCUCCAACAGCUAUGGCCUGGCCACCUUCAAGAGCUUCCUGAGAUCCGAGUUCAGCGAUGAAAAUAUUGAGUUCUGGGAGGCUUGUGAGGAUUUCAAAAAGACCAAGAGUCCUCUGAAAAUGGCCGCCAAAGCUAAGAAGAUUUAUGAGGACUUCAUUCAGACCGGUGGGCCUAAAGAGGUGAACAUCGACCAUUUCACCAAAGACGUGACUCUGAGAAACCUGGUUGAUCUUACACCUGCUACCUUUGAUCUGGCUCAGAGCCGAAUCUACAGCCUGAUGGAGAAAGACUCCUUUGGUCGGUUCCUGAGAUCUGAACAGUAUCAAGAACUCAUCAAGUAAACCGAUUUACCAGCUGCAGGGAGACACAAAGAGAAGACCAAACAUUAAUUCUUUAAUACGUUAUUUAAGACAAAUGGCAAUUAUCUGAACUUCAGUUAGCAUUACUAUAAGUAUUUAUUUGAUCGAAUUGGAAACUAAUGCUAAGUGUUGCAUUAGUCUCCCUGCAGCUGACUUUGAAAAGAUGUUAACGUAAAUUGCUAGUGCUCUGAAUGUCAAAGCGAAUUUAAUAAAAGAAACGUAUGAUCCGGGAUUAAGAGACAAUACAUGUCACUCCUCGUAAAAAUGAUUUGUGUGAUUUGUCAUUAGCAAAAAUAAUAAUAAUGAGGACAUAAAAUUGUAUAUAAAUGUCCUAUCGUGUGUAGUCCUACUCCACUGAUCCCUAUAGACUAAAUAAAACUUUAAGACUAUA